AUGGCUGUCGGCAAGAACAAGAAGCUCUCGAAGGGUAAGGGCAAUAGGAAGCGCGCUGUCGACCCCUUCACGCGUAAGGAGUGGUACGACAUCAAGGCGCCUGUCUUCUUCGAGAACCGUAAUGUCGGCAAGACGAUUGUGAACCGCUCGCAGGGUCUGAAGAACUCGGCAGACGCUCUUCGUGGCCGUAUCCUUGAGCAGUCGCUGGCUGACCUCAACAAGGAUGACGAGCAGGCCUUCCGCAAGUUUAAGCUGCGUGUGGAUGAGGUGCAGGGCCGCAACUGUCUGACCAACUUUUACGGUAUGGACUUUACGCAGGACAAGGUCCGUUCGCUUGUGCGCAAGUGGCAGUCGCUGAUUGAGGCGCACCAGGACAUCAAGACGACGGAUGGAUACCUGCUCCGUGUGUUUGCCAUUGGUUUCACGCGCCGCCGUGCCAACCAGGUGAAGAAGACGACGUACGCCAAGUCGUCGCAGAUCCGUGCCAUCCGCAAGAAGAUGUUUGAGGUGAUGCAGCGCGAGUCGUCGUCGUGCGACCUGCGCGAGUUUGUGGCCAAGCUCAUUCCCGAGGUCAUGGGCCGCGAGAUUGAGAAGAGCACGCAGGGCAUCUACCCGCUCAAGGACGUGUUUAUCCGCAAGGUCAAGGUGCUCAAGCGCCCCAAGUUUGACACCAACAAGCUCUUUGAACUGCACGGCGGUGCGUCGGUGGUGGGUGCUGAGGACGUCGGCACCAAGAUCAAGAGCGGUGAAUUUAAGGAGCCUGUGCCCCAGGCCUCGGUCUAA